AUGGCUAUAAGUGCAGCAAAUGCCGUCAGUGAAUUGAAGCUUGCAUUACCUGGACAGAACAAAGUGAUAUCUCCAGAUGCGGCAUCUGAGUAUGAGGAGAAUGUUGCACGUCCCUGGUCGCAGACUUGUUGGACCUCAGCCGCUGGCUAUGUAUUCCUGAGUAAUACUCAAGAGCUGACGAAAGCACUUGAGAUUGUCAAAAAGUCAGGAUCAAAGUUCACCAUCCGUACGACUGGUCACAAUCCCAACUAUGGCUUUAGUAGCGCAGAUGAGACCUCUGUUGUUCUUGAUAUCCGCCAGCUUAGUUCAAAGGAGCUUAGUUUGGAUAAGACUGUUGCUCAAGUUGGAAGUGGAAGUACUUGGGGUGAGGUGUAUACUUGGCUGGAGGAACAGAAGUUAUCUGCCAUUGGAGGCCGAGAUCAAGACGUUGGAAUAGGAGGGUUUCUUCUCGGAGGUGGAAUGGGAGCUUUGCCUAAUUUACAUGGCCUUGGAGCAGACGGCAUCAAGAACUUUGAGGUGCUCUUAGCAGAUGGCCAAUUAAUCAACUCGAACUCGAAAGAGAAUUCUGACCUCUACCGUGCUCUCAAGGGUGGCGGCUCUAACUUUGGCAUUGUGACGAGAUUUGAUCUUGAAACCCACCCAUUAAUCAAUAUUCAGUAUACAAUCAACCUUUACAAGGCAGAAAGUUAUAUCGAAAUCAUCAAAGCAACAAUUGCCGUCCAAGAGGCCAUGGAAGCUGAUCCAAAAAUUGGCCUAUUCACCAAUUUUAACAAUGGAUUUGUCGCCGUUGGAUUGUUCUACGCAGAUACCCCUGUUGAGAGACCUUCAGCCUUUAAGCCAUUUGACAAACUUGACCAGGAGAGCUUGAUGAUGGCAGCUGUUCCUACUACGAACGGCACAAUUUUGUCGCUGGCCCGAGCUAUGGGCAUGUUCUUUCAGAAGCUCAUCUACGAUAGGCGAUUCGUCGGCUCGGUAACCACAGGAUUCUCACAAGAUCUCUAUGAAGAGAUUCACAAGCUCUGGACUGAGACCUGCAAGAGCCUCCCUGCCGACCAUGUACUACAUUAUACUAUCCAGCCAUUUGGAAAGGGUGGCUUACAGGCAGGAAAGGAUCGCGGAGGAAACAUCAUGGGCCAUGAAGAUGCUCCUCAAUGUUGGUGGGUCUUUACCUGUGAAUGGCCCAAUGAGGGGAAUGAUGAUGCUGCGAAGAAAGCAGUUGACACUAUGAUAGAGACUGUGCAGUCUUUGGCUAAAGAAAGAGAACUGCUUCUCAACUUUCAGUGCAUGAGUUUUGCUUCUUGCUCCCAGAAGGUCCUGGGUAGCUACGGAGCCGAAAAUGUCAAGAAGAUGCAGGAGGUCGCAGCCAAAUAUGACCCGGAGGGCGUCUUCCAGAGGCUACAGUAUGGUGGCUUUUUGUUGCGGGACAAUGUCUAA